AUGGUAGCGAAACCCGAUAAUUCCGAAAAUAUUGGCAAUGAAGUUGUUUUUGAGUUCAAACGCUAUGUUUGGAUCAAUGCAGAAGCGAGACGAAAACGAAAUCGCAACAAAUAUAAAAGCGAACAAGCGGAGAUGUAUCAAACGAUGGAAAACAGAACUUCUGAACAACCCCAGCAAGCCAAUUUGAUUGCCCCAGGCGAAAUUAUGCUAUUUUUGGGAGAGGAGAAGGAAGCGCAAUCUUCAAUAACGACAGAAAACCAGAAAGACGACACAAAAAAAGAAAAGAAAGGAAAAAGAGCUCAUGAGGCGGGAUAA